AUGGUAGAUGCUAGUGCAGACGGUACUGGCAGGAUUCCUGCUGAUAAGUCAUCAGAUGAAGUGAACUUGCUGGACAAAAUUACUUCCCGUGCACAGGACCUCAGCAAUAUUUCCUUUGGCUAUGACGAAGCCAACUGCAGCAUCCUGGAGAUCGGGCAGUACGCGACCCUCAACAUCCCUACGAGGGAGGCGUUUGGGGACAGGUUUGCAGAUGAGCUGAGUGUGCUGAUGAAGCUCAGGUACUCGCUAAAGGAGGACACCAGCCUAGUGACCAUCCUUAGCCAUCGGAGCCACGUGCUCUUCCAGAUCAGGAUUAACCCAUACGCCUUAGUCUUCGUCACCACGAGGAGGAGACACUAUGAGUUCCCCGUUUCCCUUCUCGGCGAUGGGCACUGGCACCAAGUUGCUCUCAGCAUCUCCUUGGAGAGGCUGGAGUUGCACGUGGACUGUCGGCUGGUGGACAGAGUGAGCUGGUCCAAUUACUUUGGGAUGGGAGUGAACACUGAGGGGCUGAUCAUCAUCGGAGGCCUGAUCGAGUCCUUUGAGAUCCCCUUUAAGGGUGCUCUACAGCAACUGACCUUCGUGAUGGGAGACCCAGCAGCCGCUGGCGAGCACUGCUGCAGCUACAACGCCACCUGCACACGCUCCUUCAACCUCAACCGCUUCGGUUCCCCGUGGGAGCUUUCACCAGCCUGGCCAGAGGACUCCAGACCCACUGAUUCAGAUUUGACCCUGGGGUCACCUUGGACAUGGGAGGACGCCCAGGAGACCCUCAACCGACAGCCUGAUGGGAGCGCCCUGACUUCACUCUCUGCUACUGAGAUGCCGUCAGCUGAGGAGGAGGAGGGCAACCUUUCUAUUGAGGAUGAAGGCUUUGAGCUGUUGAACUCCACCUAUAAAAAAAUCACCAGCCCCAGCGGGCCAGGGCUCGGCAGGAGCAGCCCGUGGGUUGCUGGUAGCUCCGGUGAAUCAGCCAAGAAGGAGCAUGCCUCCGACCCCCAGGAGGAGAAUGUCACCACGGAGAAGCUGACGGGCAAUGCAGGCACCCAGCGGCGACUCUUGCCCAGCAAACCUGGCGAUGCCAUCACUGACCUGGACGUGCCUGCCGCCUUCGCCAAGGUCUCCCCAUCGGCACGUCAGGCAGCUGCCCCCAAAGGAAACGUGCCCAAAGGUCCCCUGGGGACGGGGUCAGCAGGGAGUGUCCCGGAGCAUCCUCCGGUAGCAGCCAGCCCCACUGUCUCAGGGCUCGGGGACAGCACUGCCCACCCGGGACACCCCAUCUCGCCGGUGGCACACGGGCAGCAGGGUCACGUGAAACCGGGACCACCAGGGCUGCCAGGACCGCCGGGGCUACCGGGCUGCCCUGGGAGACGUGGACUGGUGGGACCCAAAGGAGACAAAGGAUACCCUGGAGCCAUGGGGCGGACGGGCCCCCCGGGCGACCCGGGCCCUGUGGGCAUCCCCGGUGUCCCCACCAUCGUCCUCUGGAGGAACUCCAGGGAGGACUGGCAGACAUUCAUGCAAUCAUCAUUUUACCAGCUUCUACAUGCAGGCUGGCCGAGAAAACCUGGAGCCCCCGGGCCCCCAGGACAUCCAGGGAAAACAGGAGCACCUGGACCCUGCGGAGAUCCAGGGGAGCCGGGCGAGAAAGGCCGGCAGGGGUACACGGGUGAACCUGGGCUCCAGGGCUUGCCGGGACGUGCGGGUUACCCCGGCUCGGAUGGCUUCCCUGGCCUGGAUGGCAAACCUGGGCCGUGGGGGCUGCCGGGAGAACAGGGACUGCAGGGCUUCCAGGGUGACCGAGGGCUGGCUGGCGAGAAGGGAGAAGAGGGUUUCUUGGGUGACCCUGGACCGGUUGGGGAGAAAGGAGAGAAGGGAGCGAAGGGGGUGAAGGGAGAAAAUGGUCUGCCAGGUCCUGCUGGGCUUCACGGGAUGUCGGGUCUGAAGGGUGUGACGGGCUUCCAAGGCCCCAUGGGGCCAGAGGGAGAAGGUGGCUCAGCGGGUCCCCCGGGGCCUGCCGGCCCCAUGGGAGAGCCGGGCCAGCCGGGAUCCGUCGGAUGCCAAGGCAUCAAUGGCUCUCAGGGAGAAAUGGGCCCCCCUGGCUUGCCCGGUCCCCGGGGCCCCAAGGGACCGCAGGGCUUGCAGGGGAGACGCGGCCCCCCCGGCCCCAGGGGCAUGCAGGGCCCAGCUGGGAUGGAGGGAUCCGCUGGUCCCAAAGGAGACACCGGUGCAGACGGUGCCCCCGGGCUGAGGGGACAGCCGGGACAGGAGGGCCCUGGGGGGUUUAUUGGCCUGCCAGGUUCAAAAGGCACCCAAGGAGAGCGGGGCUGUCGAGGUCCGGGUGGAGCCAAGGGAGACCUGGGAGCCAAAGGAGACAAGGGUCCACGUGGAGCACAAGGAGCAAAAGGGCCCCCAGGGAUUCGGGGCCAGGUCGGCUUGCAGGGCUUUCCCGGCCCCCGAGGAGCAGCGGGGCCCCGGGGACCAGAUGGGGAAGAAGGCCAGAUCGGCCCGGCGGGGCUGAACAGCAGCGAGGGAUCCAAGGGAGGCCGAGGACCUGAUGGCCCGAAGGGAACCCCAGGACCACGGGGAGCCCGGGGCCGCGUGGGUCAGCGUGGGCUGGUUGGAGUCCCUGGGCUGCCCGGCUCGCGGGGCAUCCCGGGAGCAGAAGGCGCAGAAGGAAAGCCUGGUACACAGGGUCCCCCAGGGGCUGUGGGCAGCCCAGGCAGGAGGGGAACACCGGGUUUUGCCGGCUUGCAGGGGGGCCGCGGGCACGCAGGACCUCCUGGAUCGAUAGGCUCUCUGGGAAAACCUGGACCUGACGGAGACCUGGGUUCCCUGGGCCCAAAGGGCCUGCCUGGGAAGCCUGGCUCGGAGGGACCGCAAGGACCUGUCGGUACCUAUGGCUACCCGGGACCUGCUGGCGACCGUGGGAGGCCAGGGCGCAGGGGAGACAAGGGAGAAACAGGAGCCCAAGGCCCACCGGGAUUUCCAGGAAAAGCUGGUCCCAAGGCCCUGCCAGGUCCCCCUGGUCCACGAGGCGCUCCCGGCUUCCAGGGCAGAGCGGGAGACCCAGGUCCUCGAGGGCUUCCAGGGCUGCCUGGCGUUCCGGGCACACAGGGGCUGGACGGCAUCCCCGGGAAGCCUGGCUCAGCAGGAGAAACGGGGGCUCCUGGAGCGGCUGGUGCUGCUGGCCCACCUGGGUACCCGGGGCGGGAAGGUCCAAACGGACCUGAAGGGCCUUCGGGGAUGAGAGGAGAGAAGGGUGAUGCGGGAGAUCCUGGGGAAGUCGGCAUCGGCGGGCUGGAUGGCGAGCAGGGACCACCGGGACCGCCGGGAGCAGAGGGUCAGCCGGGGCCCAAAGGCGAGCAGGGAGAGGCAGGAACCUGCGGAGCUCCGGGCAUCAGAGGGGGCCCCGGGGAGCCAGGGGACGAUGGGCCAGAGGGGCCACUGGGGAGGUCCGGGGAGCAAGGAAAGGAGGGUGACGCUGGUGAUGCUGGAGCCCCGGGCGAGCCAGGACCACAGGGACAGAAGCAGGGUGAUGCUGGCCCCAGGGGCCUUCCUGGAGCGCCUGGCCCAGGAGCUGCUACGGGGGAAAUUGGAGAAAAAGGCCAUAAAGGAGAGAAGGGCCAAGAAGGUUUGCUGGGCCAGGUCGGUGUCACCGGAGCUGCAGGACCUGCUGGAGCCAGAGGACGGCUUGGUGGGACGGGUCUCCGAGGUCCUCCUGGGCUCGACGGUCCCGAGGGAGCGAAGGGAGAUCCAGGGCCACGAGGCAUGGACGGACCCACUGGUGCUACUGGAUUAGAGGGACUCGCUGGAGAUGAUGGAGUCAAGGGAGACAGCGGCAAGCCCGGUUCGGCGGGCGCAGUGGGUGCCUGGGGACUGGCGGGUGUCCCCGGGCUCCGGGGCUACACGGGGUGCGCAGGAGCCAGAGGAGCAGCGGGUGCCAAGGGAGAGCCAGGCCAGCAGGGUCCUCUCGGGCCACCGGGUGAAGCUGGAGCCACAGGGCUGAGCGGCACCGAGGGCCUGGCGGGUGUGAAAGGGGAGCUGGGCAAGCCGGGAAAACCGGGGCAAACGGGGUCUCCAGGACAAGCCGGUCCUAAAGGGCGGAAAGGUCGCAAAGGAGAAAAGGGCGAUGUGGGGAGUGAAGGGGAAGAAGGGGUUCCCGGAGAAACUGGCAGACGGGGCAAGCGAGGCAAGGUGGGCCACCGGCCCCCAAGAGGCCCCCGGGGACCCAAGGGCUACCCAGGCGACGAGGGGCCAGAAGGACCCCAGGGCCCCCAAGGACCCUAUGGCAUCCCAGGGCUGAAGGGCGUGAAAGGAGACCCUGGACCAAAAGGACACAAGGGCGAGAAGGGCAGCAUGGGCAACCUGGGCCAGCAAGGGGACGAUGGCUUCAAGGGCAAGCCAGGACCCCAUGGCAUCCCCGGGAGUCCGGGACCCAAGGGACAGCAGGGUAACAUUGGCCCCCCCGGCCCACGGGGACACCCCGGCUUCCCCGGGAUGCCGGGCUUGUCCGGACCCAAAGGGCUGAAAGGCCUCCCAGGGCUGCUGGGACCCAGGGGCACGCCGGGCCUGCCGGGUCUCACCGGCCCCCCUGGUCCCAGCGGACCCACGCUGAUGCUGUCCAGGGAGGAGAUGCAGCACCUAAUUUAUCCCUCCAACCACCUGAAUUACACUGUGGUCUGGGCUCUGCUGGACACCCUGAGACAGGAGCUGCAAGCCCUCGUCGAGCAUCCCAACGGCACCAAAACCAACCCGGCAGCCACCUGCAAGGAGCUGCUGCUGGCUCACCCCAGCCUGCCUGACGGGCAAUACUACAUUGACCCCAACCAGGGCAGCCCCCAGGAUGCACUGGUGGCCUUCUGCAACUUCACGGCAGGGGGAGAGACCUGCAUAGCCCCCGUCCACAACCAGGUCCCCAUCAAGGCUUGGCUGAGCACCUACGCCUCUGAGGACACCUUCGAAUGGUUCAGCGCCCUGCCCGGGGGCUUCCUGCUGGAAUACGCAGGGGCCAGCCCGGUGCAGCUCCGCUUCCUCCGCCUGCACAGCCGCCUGGCCACCCAGAAGGUCUCCUACUCCUGCAGACCGGCCCCCGAGCAGGGCCAGCCCCAGCCAGAGAAGGAAAUCCGCUUCCUGGCCGACUCCCGGGAGCAGAGCUAUGCAGCCAGCCUGCAAGGCUGCGUGCUGGACAACGAGUCCUCCAUCACUGACACCAUCUUCCAGUUCACCACGGAGGAGCUCUCCCUGCUGCCCCUGCGGGACCUGGCCGUCUUUCACAACGGUGACGCCUUGCACCAGUUUGGUUUCACAGUCGGACCAGUUUGCUUCAGCUGA